AUGGCGUCGUUCCUCGGCCGCCUGUUCUCCGUGGACGCGGCGCACGUCAUGUACUCGCGGCUGGUGCGCACGAAGCCCGUGGGGGCCAUGGGGCAGGCUGGGGACGAGCUGACUGAGAUGGGGGAGUCCGGGGUGGGCCUGGCUAAGGUGCUGACCACAGUGGACCUGGUGUCUCUGGGCGUGGGCAGCUGCGUGGGCACGGGCAUGUACGUGGUGUCUGGGCUCGUGGCGAAGGCGAUGGCGGGGCCCGGGGUCAUCCUGUCCUUCAUCAUCGCGGCUGUGGCCUCGGUGCUCUCAGGUGUGUGUUACGCUGAGUUCGGUGUGCGCGUCCCAAAGACCACGGGAUCAGCCUACACCUACAGCUACGUCACCGUGGGGGAGUUCGUGGCCUUCUUCAUCGGCUGGAACUUGAUUCUGGAGUAUUUGAUCGGGACGGCAGCCGGGGCCUCGGCGCUCAGCAGCAUGUUCGACUCUCUGGCCAAUCACACCAUCAGCCACUACAUGAUCACUCACCUGGGGACUCUGCGAGGCCUGGGUAAAAACGACUACACGUACCCAGACCUGCUGGCGCUCUUCAUCGUACUGCUGGUCACCGCCAUCAUCGCUCUGGGCGUCAGGAACUCUGUCGGCUUCAACAACGUCCUGAACGUGGUCAAUCUGGUCGUGUGGGUCUUCAUGAUCAUCGCCGGACUCUUCUUCAUCUCUGCUCGCAACUGGGAGGGAGGGAACUUUCUGCCCUAUGGAUGGUCCGGGGUGAUGCAGGGAGCAGCCACAUGUUUUUACGCUUUCAUUGGUUUUGACAUCAUCGCGACGACUGGAGAAGAAGCCAAAGACCCACACACCUCCAUCCCCUACGCCAUCACCGCCUCACUGGUCACCUGCCUCACCGCUUAUGUGUCGGUCAGUGUGAUCCUGACGCUGAUGGUUCCGUUCGACCUGAUCGACGGCUCGGCUCCUCUGCUGGAGAUGUUCGCGGUGCACGGCUUCGUUUGGGGGAAGUACGUUGUUGCUGUGGGCGCCGUGGCGGGACUCACGGUGUCUCUGCUUGGCUCGCUGUUCCCCAUGCCCAGAGUGAUCUAUGCCAUGUCCCGGGACGGCCUGCUCUUCAGAUUCCUGUCGCACAUCUCAGCCUUCACGCACACUCCCGCUGUGGCGUGUGUCAUUUCGGGCUCUUUCGCCGCCAUCUUGGCUCUGCUGGUCAGCCUGCGCGACCUUAUCGAGAUGAUGUCCAUUGGCACGCUGCUAGCUUACACGCUGGUUAGCCUCUGCAUCCUGCUGCUGCGCUACCAACCGGACGAAACCACAGACACACACCAGUUCAGGUCUGAAGACGGCGAGGACAUCCAGCAGCUCCACGACAAUUUUCCCACAAAAGACGACAAUCGGAAACUUAUGGACGACGAGAACUCGUCUUAUCACGCGGGAGGAGCGGCAGGAGAAGGAGACGAGUCUGACUUCCACACUGGGCACGCUCCUCUGCUGAAGCGUGUUCUCGGAGGACAUUACUACACGCUGCGGCUGCGGUUGGGAAUGCCAGACGCCACGGCACGGCCCACUCCUGCCAGCGGGCGCACCGUGACGCGCUGCACGCUGUCCUUCUUCCUCUGCAGCUUCUUCAUGUGGGCGUCUGUGAUCUUCGGAGUGGAGCAGGGCAGCGGCUUCCAGGCCGUGGUGUCGGGGUUUGUGGCGGCGCUCACGGCCGGGACGCUAGUGAAGCUGAUGGUCACGAUCCUGCAGCAGCCCGAGAGCCCACGCCGCCUACCGUACAUGGCGCCAUGUGUGCCCUUCGUCCCCGCGGCAGCCAUUUUGGUGAACACGUACCUGAUGUUGAAGCUGAGACCGCUCACGUGGAUACGGUUCACCAUCUGGUGUCUAAUCGGUUUACUGAUUUACUGCUUCUACGGCGUCUGGCACAGCACUCUGGAGCUCCACACGCAGCAGGAGCAGGCUCAGGCCAGCACCUAUCAGCGAUACGACGACCAUCUCGAUGACACCUUCUCCCCAGAAUUCCAACCAGAAGAGGGCGACGGCGAGCGCCCGUAUCAGGGCUGGUCCGCACCCGAGGAGAGGGGCUACAACUACACCGCCCACCCCAACCAGCCAGGCCAGGACGUCCCAUACGAGGAGGAGGAGGAGGAGGAGGAGGAAGAGGGCUAUGGCUAUCAGUCUGCACGUAAAGCAAAGAACUCAAGAGGAAGGACCAACCGCGGUUUCUUUGACGAAGACGAUUAA